UGAAUGCUUUUAAGUGAUGUCACAGUGGCAAAAGCUUUGUUUAAAAUAAAUUGUUUUACUUUAUUGCAUUUCAUGUAAUCCAAAAUGUCAUUACACCUUGAUCUUAUUCCUAAACUGUGUGUGCAUAGUAAUCUGACAUGAGACUAUCCAAUUAUAAAGGUAGAGCAUUCCUGUAACAAUUAUGUGAACCUUAGGAAUUAAUUUUUGUACUGUUGGCUCAACUCCUUUGAAAACCUCAAAGUGGUGAGUCUGAUAUUUUUGAGCAUCGAUUUUAUAUUUAGUCCCAAAUGCCACAUCGGUAGAGGCUGUUCCAUAGAAGACUUCCUGGACUGGACUAGCAGUGUACAAGGCUCUCAAGUUACAUACAGGUUUUUCCCGGUGCAGAUGUACGGCUGACCUCUCCUCUGCACUGUCCUUGUCCCGCAGGACCCCACAGGUUAGCAUGGUGGUGGCGCCAUGUAUUUCAGAGGGUGAGGAGUCGGGCAAAACAAACUGGCAGGAGGGGUACUUAUCAUGGGUGUAGGCCCCACCACGCUGCCCACGUGCCACAAGGUCAAUGCAGACCAUGACAGCGUGAUUGUAAGUGGGUGAACGCCUUUCCAGCAGCAACAAUCCUCACUGCCUCUGGCUCAACGACUGCAGCCCCCACAGCCUCGCUCCUGCCCUGCUCUUGCUGCAGCCACAGCAGCCAUGUAGUCCUGCAUCUUGGCUUUCAUAAAGGAGGUGAACAGCUGGCCUUUUAGUGCCACCGUCACUUGUUUGUCCUCAUAAUAGGAGGUGGGACGUGUUUCCUGGCCUGCUCAAACUUUGAUCUGGUCAAAGGCGGGCAUGCUGGUGUCUUGACCAGGAAAAGGUCCCCUAGACCUCCAGUUUAUUCUACCUGAGGGCGACAGAUCAGAUAUGUGCAUGUCCUUACUGCCGUCAAUGUCUGGUGCAUCACUGGCAAGGCAUAUAAUGAUCUCCAGAGGGUGAGGGUUGCCCUUAUACUUGCAUGCCCCGUACUCUCUUGAUGUGCGUCAGUUCAGGUAACGGGUACACUGUGGCUAACUCCUUUAUCAAACGAGAGGUUUCUUUCUUGUUUACGAUGGGAGCUGCAAAGGCCUUGAUUAGCUCAGCGUCAUGUGAGUGAAUGUUGGACAGCACAGGAUAAGCGACCCAGGAGUCUAUGUCACACUCAGAUUAUUUGAUGCGUUUGGACUGUGGCUCCAUUUCACAUAGUACCUGUGUUAAAGAUGUUCAACCACAAAUCUGGCCAAAGAACUCGGAUCCAGACAAUGUUUACAUAAAAUGGGUGAUUCUGCAACUUUGGGCACUUUGGCCAAGUUAAACAUAUUCAAACACCAGUUUACCAGCAUUUUAAUUGUCUUUGAUUUGUCUAGAAACAAUAUUUGAAAACGGCUGCAUUUGUACUAUUUUUGUCAUUUUUCCCAGACAGCCAGACAAAUGUAAUUUGCAUCAUUAAUCAUCCAUUUUAGUUGAAAAUGAAAUGAACAUAUUUAACACAUUUCUUAUGUGUACAUGAACAUGUAUUGAAUAUGAUUUUUAGUGAUUAAGGUUUUCCUAAAAUGAAUAAUUCAACACGAUGCCUGAAUGUAUAAACUUGCCUUGGUGACAGCUGAAAACAUUUAUGAAAAAUAAGAUAUUUCCACCUAACAUUUUGAACCACAACCAUUGUUUAAACAUUUAAAUAAUAAAAGACAAAGUAAGAUUCUAAAACACUGGAACUAGCAUCUUUUUAACAUGAGAACAAUGUUUGGUCUUUGACUACACUUAGAUCCAACAACUAGAACUUCCAGCACCUAUAUAUUGAGGGAAAAGUUAAUUGAGAACUGGACAUGUUUUAUUUAAUGCAUGAUUUUAUGUCCUGCUUUGUACUGUAUAUGAGUAUCUAAGGCUUAGAAAUAGGGCCACGUUCCUCUCAGACCAACCAUCCAGCUCCAUGUACCUCUUGGUCACGAGGUUGGGUUCAGGGGCAAGUCCAAGCACAUGCUGUGGUCUGUACCAUAUGAUGUUGUCACUCAUCGGCCCCCCAAAAAACGGUUGGGGCCAACGCAACUCAUGGUUUUAACAAGAGCACCACUCUCUGUGUGAACGUCUUGCACGAUGCCAGGGUAAACGUCCUGAUCACACUCCACCCCACACCACUUUCCAAUCAAUGCUUCACUUAGAUCUUCAACGGGCUGGAAGGCGCUGUGAGAUGUGUUGGAUUUUCCAUCUUGGUCUGCCUCUAUUUUUUCAAACAGAGUCAGUCUGUGGAGUGCAGUGAUGUGGAAAGGAACAGAAGCAACGACUGUCACUGACGAUCUGGAAAAAAUCAUUUCUAAGUUAUGCACAUUCAAAAUAUGUAAUGAUAGCAUAGUCUAGUGAUACAUAGUGUAGUGAUAAUGUUUGAAUAACAAAUGGAAGAUUUGACAUAAAAUAACCCACAACUAUUACCUGGUGUAUCUUCAUUGUCCCACAGAUUGUGUCCAGGUGAUCUGGUGGGAGGUCCUCCAUGCUCUUUAUUGCCUUUGAGAUAUAUAACAGCCGACUGCUGUAAUACUGUAGUUUGUCCACCAUGAACUGGAGGUUGGCGUAGGUUUUGCAGAACCAUGUGUCCCUAUCCUGGACUGUUAGCUUGACAACCCAAAAAGGACAUAUUUUGCAGAAUGCAUAGUAGGAAAAGGUUUUGAAUUAUGCCAUUAAAGAAGCGCUUCUGCUUUUUCCUUCCUAGUGUGUCCUUUUCCCCUUUUGUUACUCUACUGUUGUCAUCACGUUCAUAAAUUCAAGUGAUUUUCUCUUCUGUGGCUGUGCUAAUUCUGUCACACUGUUUUUUCCUGGAGUAUUGAAGACUUGUUGACCUGUUUUCAUUUGCCCUCAUUGUUUUUGCUGAAAAUUCAAAUGAUCCGUUUGGGGCUUUGUCCAGGCCAUACUUUCUUAGGAUGUUGCCUCUAAGCAUUUUUUAAGGCAGUUUGUCCUUGGCAAUGCACAUUUUUUUUUUUUUUUGCUUUAACUCUGCAAUGAUGGCAUUUUGAAACAAGUUCUUUGGAGUUCCCUUUCUUCUUGUCUUUGGGGAAUCUUUCUUCCCAUUUUCUUCAUCAGUUUUUCUCAGCUUUCUGUAAUGCAUUAUCAAGUUUGACAUUGUCAUGCAAAGAUCUGUGUAUGUUUUUGAACAACCCCUUCCAACCUUUUUACUUCCAGCAAGUAUUUGACUUCUCAUUCCUGUUGCAGACGAUGAGGAAGGGGUAUAAUGGUGUGCAUCAGGGGCAGGACUGGUGGGAUUAUUCCCACUGUUGCCCAGCGGCUCCACAGAGAGAACAUAGGCCGCGUCGUCCAGGAGGCCAUGGAGAGGAGUGGCGUCACCCAGAGUCAACUGUCUGCUGUAGCCACCACAGUGAAGCCGGGCCUGGCCCUGAGUCUGGGGAUAGGCCUGCACUUUAGCCUGAACUUUGUAAAGCUACACCAGAAGCCCUUCAUCCCCAUCCACCACAUGGAGGCCCAUGCCUUGACAGUCAGGAUGCUCCAGCCUGUAGUAUUCCCCUUCCUCGUCCUCCUAGUCUCCGGAGGUCACUCUCUCUUGGCUCUGGCCAGAGGAAUCGAUGACUUUCUUCUCCUGGGUCAAACACUGGAUGAAGCACCAGGGGACACUAUGGACAAGGUGGCAAGACGUUUGUCACUCAUCAAACACCCAAAGUGCUCCAUGAUAAGUGGGGGUCAAGCAAUAGAGAUUCUGGCUCGAGAUGGAGACAGGUUGAAGUUUCUCUUCAAGCCACCAAUGGGAGCGCACUAUGACUGUAACUUCUCAUUUGCUGGUCUGCGAAAUCAGGUGACGAUGUCAAUACAGAAAAAAGAGGAAGAGGAAGGUGUGGAGCAGGGAACUUUGUUGUCAUGUGUUAAUGACAUAGCUGCUGCUACGCAGCACACAGUGGCCUCUCACAUUGCCAAGCGCACACAUCGUGCCAUUUUGUUCUGUAAGGCCAAAGACCUUCUGCCUUCCUGCAAUCCAACACUGGUGGUGUCAGGAGGAGUUGCCAGUAACCAGUACAUCCGAAAGAUUUUGAAGAUUGUCACAGACACCACUGGAUUACAUUUGCUUUGUCCUCCAUCCAGGUUUUGUACUGACAAUGGAGUCAUGAUCGCAUGGAAUGGAGUUGAGAGACUGAGGGAAGGAAAGGGCAUCCUGUCCCAUACUGAGGAGGUCAACUAUGAGCCCAAAGCUCCCCUGGGUGUGAACAUAACAUCAGAAGUGAAGGAGGCAGCUAUCAAACUUCCACCAUUAAAGCUGAGGGUUACGGACUGACGUUCACUUAUGUACAUAUCCAUAUAAUUCCUACUAUUUACCAUUAAACUUUUGAAAUACA